AUGAAGAUAAACUUUGGAUACAUAACUCCUGUGCCGUUGAACACGGAGCUGAUAGACACGUCCCUUAGUAAAACCCAGAGGAGAACACCAACAGUCAUCCACCCCCAAUACAACAUUAUCAAGAUAAGGAUGUUCUAUAUGAGGAAGGUAAAGCAUGCAGGAAGUGAGUUUGGAUCGAGGCUUGGAACCAUUCUUACAGACUUUCCAAGGAUCGAGGACAUCCAUCCAUUCUACAGGGAUUUGAUCAAUGUUUUGUACGACAGAGACCAUUACAAGCUUGCCCUUGGGCAUGUAAACUCGGCAAGGAAUGCCAUCGACAAGAUUUCAAAGGAGUUUGUAAAGCUCCUGAAGUUUGCGGACAGCUUGUACAGAUGCAAGCAGCUGAAAAGAGCAGCUCUUGGGAGAAUGGCAUCUGCAAUCAAAAGGCUUGGAAAGACUUUGGAGUAUCUGGAGGAGGUUAGGAUGCACAUGAGCAGGCUGCCGUCGAUAGACUUAUCUGGAAGAACUCUCCUUGUGUGUGGAUUUCCAAAUGUUGGGAAGAGUUCGUUUGUUAGGAAGGUGUCAAGGGCGGAUGUGGAGGUCCAGUCUUAUCCGUUUACAACAAAGAGUCUUUAUGUUGGUCACUUUGACUACAAGUAUCUUCAGUGGCAGGUGAUUGACACGCCGGGAAUCCUAGACCAGCCUCUUGAAAACAGAAACACUAUUGAGAUGCUCAGCAUCACUGCACUUGCACACAUCAAGGCUGUUGUUCUUUACUUUAUCGAUCUGAGUGAGACAUGCGGAUAUUCGAUCAGCGAGCAGAUAGACCUAUUCAACACUCUGAAUCCACUCCUGAAUUCGAGCAUGGUGAUUGUUUUGAGUAAGAGCGAUGUGGUGAAAUUGUGUGAUCUGGAGGAUAAAGAAAUGAUCAUGGAGUUUCUGUCUGGGAAGAAGUACAUGGAGAUGAGCUGUGAAAAGGAAGAAAACAUAGAUGUGGUCAAGGGGAUGGCAUGUGACCUCUUGCUCGACGAGCGAUUUGAGAAGAAGAUCAACAGCGACAAGCUCUGCGAAUACAUCAACCGAAUCACGAUUCUCAGGCCGAAGGAGGUCCGAGAAAAGGCAGAAUCGUUUGUUUGCUCCCGGGAGAUAACAGAGAUUGAAAAUGAGCAGGAAAGGUAUCUUGUCCCUUCCGAGUACAAGUACGACAUCAUACCCGAGAUUAUAGACGGAAAGAAUGUAGCAGACUUCUUUGACCCAGAUAUUGAAAGAAAACUUGUGGAGAUUGAGAAGGAGGAAGAGGACAUGCUUCCGAUGUACUGCAAGACUUACGAUGUGUUGUCUCCUGAAGAAAGAGCUCUGAAGGAAGAGAUUACAGUAGGGAUAGAAAGAAGGAGGAUUAUCAACAGGCUUCGGGAAAAGAAAAGACUUCCGGAUUCAUGGAAGCUGAGGACGAAGAACAGUGGAGAGGAAGUGGAAGUGAGUGUGAAGAAAGACAACAAGACACAGAUAGUGCAGCCACCUCGGCAGCCAAGCAAGAAGAAGGCUAGGUUUGAUGACAAGCACUAUUAUGACAGAAAGCCAAAGCAUCUUUAUAGAGGGCGAAGGUGA